AUGGGACACCGAGAACUCACACCGGUCCAUGUGCCACUGCGAACAUCGAGUCGCACCCCGGCCAUACACGAACCGAUGACCACUCAGGAACAGCGAAUCGCAGAUCGACGAACGUCGAAAGCCCAAAGAUUCUUCGGAACCGAUAUAUCACUUCCAAAUGAACAUGGCGGGUGGCAGGAAGCUCCAGAUGUACCCCGACCGAGCUUUGUUAAGCCCAAUAGUGCUCCCAAACAGAACAGCGGCUUCGUUCCGUUCCCGAGCUCUUCAGACAACGCCCUGAUUCCCGAUCAUAACCUUCGCGUGCGGGCUUCAUCACCUCUGCUAGGCCAUGACUACCGAUCGCUGGAGCCGGCGCCGCCGCUUCCGAAGCCAUCGAAAAAAGUCCACCAUUCCGGUUCAUCGUCUACUCUUUUCUCCUAUUUUAGCUCGAAGGAAUCCAAAUCAGCCAAAAACCAAGGACUCCAGCCUAGAGUACGCCAUGGACUCAGCAUUGAGCCACAAGUGACAUACACGCAGGCCCAGGAUCCAGCAAAGGAAUCCAAGCGAAAGAUGCGUCCUCCAAAAAUUGAUCUUUCCGUUCUGUUCCCGAAGCCGCGGAAUCCCGCCCCACAAACACUUUUGUCCCCCCACCGAAUGGUCAACUCUCCCUCUCCUGUCUCGACAGUUGGCCCGGACCCUUCCCACGCAUCUGUCGACAGGACGAAAACUACAAGCAACACCGCUAGGAGCUACCUCGACGCACCUCGCCGAUCUCCGCUCACCAAUAAUGACCCACCCCCGCCUAAACAUGGUGUCGAUAACUCAGAUUUGCCUUCCAUUGCAGAGAGCAAAACUAGCGAGUGGUCAGAACAACCACUUGAGCGAACAGUAGGAACGAGUGAGAUCGAUUUGGCUCUGGAUAGAUAUGCGGCGCGCCGAUCACUUUUGAGUCACUCAAGCAUGUAUACAAAUAGCCGAGAGCAAUUGCAGUCGGAACAAUCACGCCCCCAAGAACCUCGAAAGAGCUCAAGACGUGCUCAUAGCCCAUCUCGAGCUAAGGAAACGCACUUGAGUCCUGCCUCAUGUCCAGACCCGAAGCGUGGUCGCGGCUUGAGCACUUCCCAGGAAUCUUGGAAGACUAAUGAGUCGAAAUCCAAGAGCGAGAAGAGCUUAUUGACCAAAAAGAGCAGCAAAAGCACCUUGAAAAACAAGGAUCUGCGAAACGUCAGUAUGCUUUGCCUGUCCUCGUCUUCAGAAGAUGAGGAUGAUGAGGACCAUGCUCCAGUCACCGACUCAAAGCGCAAUGCGAACAAAUCUAGAAGAGACAGUGUGGCUACCUACGGUGAAUACGAGCCCGAGAUCUAUACGGCUUCCACUGCCCAGGCCACCACUGCCAAGGCAGUAAGACGCUGUGACCGAGCACUCUCGACGAGCACCCGUGGCUCCCACCAAACUGAAAAGAGCCAGCCAGUGCCAGCAGUUCGCCCACGAAAGGUUUCCGCGUCCUCGACUAGUAAAUCUUCUCAGACAACUCGACGAACCACCCAAACUCGCCGUUCAAGUGGAGUUCCGACUAUCCCAGAUGAAAUUCUUGCGCAAUUCCCACAGCAGCCUCUUCGCUCCCCCGCAGAGUUGAAAGAGUUGAAUCGGAGGAGUCGUGUGAUCGCGGUGACACGCCAAGAGCAAGAUCUUCUUGAGGCGAUGCGCAUUCGAAAGGGCAAAAUCACACCUAGUCUAUUUAAUGCCCCCAGAGCCGACAGAAGAUCGUCGGCCUCCGGUCCAUCGCGUGAGUCCUUCUGCGGAUCCGACACCUCAUUCUUGCGUCUCAGCAGCGUUUUCCCGCCAUUCGACGUCCGGUCAGAAAAGAGUGUUACCCAAUACAAAGAUUCCCAAAGCUCAGGCUCGGAUAGCGAACGGAAGCCCCACACUGCCGCUUCCUCUUCAGGUUUCAGUGCAGACUACUCCGAGAGCUUGCCCUCCCCUUCCACCAGUGGUGCUUCGCCGCUGACCCCCACUUUACCAAUUCAUCGAUUCUCGCCGAUUCCCUCCCCCAAACCACCCCCAAGAGGCCUUCCGCCUGCCAUCCCUGAAGACCAGAAGCAGCACACUCGCCGUCGUACCGAUAGUAGUGAGGCUAUCCUGCUGGAUGGCGGUGAGUCGAAGCACAGCCACGACCUUCCUCUUUGGUCAUUCGACUUUGAUUGGAACCAGGAACACACCAAUGUCGCUCCUGUGCAUUGA